AUGGCAGGAAAGAAUAAGAAGAAGAAUGCGAAGAAUACGCCGGGUGGGAAGAAUAGAACUCCUGUUAGUGCGGGCACUCCGAGGGUUGAGGGAAAUGAUGAGGGGGAUGGGAUGCCGGUUGGGGAGGUUGAUGAGAAGUUGGAGGCUUUGAUAAAACCGGUUGGGAAGGUGAAGGAAAUUGUGGCGAAGUUUGAGGGGAAGCCGGCUACGGAUGGGGAUGGAAAAGAGGGGGAUAGUCAAUUGGAAGGGGAUGGGAAGCCUGAGGAGGUUGCAAAGAAAAAUCCUGACGAAGAUAAGAAGACGGUUGCUGAAGUCGAAUCACCACCCAAAGACGAAACAUCAGAGAAACCUCCACAAGAAGAUGUAGCGUCAGAAAUGGCGACAGAACCAGUAGGGGAUAGCGAGAAGGAAGUCGUCAAAGAGGAAGACAAACCGCCAGAAUCUGAAGUCCAGGCCGAGAUGGGGCCAAGCCCAGAUACACCGGAUACUGCUCAGGAAGAAGAAAAAACACCAGAACCCACAACAGAACCCACCGAGAAGAAUACCGCCGCAGAGGAAUCUACUACAAAACCAGAAACAGAUGCAGAAGUGCCAUCUGAGGCCACGGAAGAAACCCUCGCCGAAGACGUUCCCGCCCCUAAAGAAUCAAGCGAAGACACUCCAGUCGUUGCGGACGAAGCUGUUGCAGCAGUAGACUCAACUGAGCCAGUCGAUGAAAAAGCAGAUGCAGCAGCUGCUGAACCUUCCACAACAGAUGAUAACGACUCCGUUAAAGCAUCAUCUCCCAGUGAUGACGACUCGAAGUCAGAUAAGAGUACCAAUGCUACAGAAGUAGAACCUGAAAGUCCUACGACGGACGACAGUCCUGGUGACGAGACCGAAAGCAAAGAGGAGGAGGCCAAAGUAUCUGACGAAAAGCCAGAAGAAGCUGCCGAAGAGACUGAGAAGCCCAAGGAUGAAUCCCCAGUAGCAGAAACAUCGGAAAGCCCUGUUGUGGAAACGGCCCCUGAAGUAUCCAGUUCUGCGGAUGUUGUGGAGGAGGAGACAAAAGACGACAAGGCAGAUUCUACUGCUGAUGAAGCAGCCGGCGAAGCUCCUGCCACUCCGGAAACAGAAAAGGAUGCACCGGCUGAGCCUGCUGUCGAGGCAACUGAGGAAGAGUCACCUAAAGACACGCCUUCUGCCGAAACUGAAGCUUCUGCUACCGACGACGCCGAGGAUACGAAGCCUGAAUCGGAAGAAGAUCAGGCAGAGAAGGAGACAGUAGCGGAGUCUGCUCCCGAAGUAGAGGCUUCAAAAGAGGCGGAAACUAAAGAUGAAUGGAAGGAACAAGAGUCUACAACAGAUGCCAAAGCUACCACUGAUGAAGUCAAGGCAGAGGAGGCAGCAGCAAAUGAGGAAGUGUCAGAUGAAGCGGCAACAGAGUCAGUUCCAGUGGAGGACAACCCCGCCGAUGCAGAGCCAGUAGUUACUGAACCUGCAUCUACGGAUGAAGAAACCAAAGAUCCAGAGCCAAUUCCAGAUGAAGCUCCUACAGAGGAAGAAACUCAUGCCGAUGCAGCAGAGACGAAAGAAGAGGACGAAAAGCCAACUCCCGUCGUGGAAGAACCAGAAGAUGAGUCGGCAGCCGCAGCUGAAGCAGAGACUGAAGAAUCAAAGCCGGACACGACAGAGGAUAAGGAACAUACCCCAGAAGCCGAAUCUGCUAGCGAAGAGCCACCCGCUGAGGUAACAACUACCGAGCCAGAAGUGGUGCAAGAUGAGUCUACUAAGGAAGAGAGUAAAGAAGACGAUAUAGCCGCUCCCGAAGCUCCUGCCGAGUCACCUGCGGAGGAAAACAAGGAGACUGAGGUUACAACAACAGAGGUUACAACAACAGAGGAAAGCGCUCCCGCGGACACUGAGCCUCCCGCUACAGAUUCAACUCCUCCUGCUGAAGAGGCAAAAGAAGAGGAAACAGCUGAUGCUGAGCCGGUCAAAGAAGCGACGCCAGAGGCACCAACUGUGGAUGAUUCUCCGAGUGAGGAUACAUCUAAAGAGGCGAACGUAGAACCUGCGGCAGUUGAAGAUGUCAAAGAGGCGGUAGUGGUGGAGGAGACGAAGGAGGAACCUUCUGCUACCGAAGAGCCAUCUCCCUCGGAGGAAGCCCAGAAAGAGAAUGAAACUGCAGGAGAUGCUCUGGUUGAGCCAACACCUGAGGAGCCAGCAGAAGAGACUCCAGUCGUUCCAGCUCCGGAAGAAACUAAGGAAGAGGCCCCAGAAUCGGAAGAAGCUCCAGCACCAGAUGUAACUCCCAAACCCGAGGAACCAUCCGAAGAAGUCAAGGACGAGCCCUCGCUAGCGGAAGAUGUUAAGCCAGCAGAGGAGCCACCAGCCGAGUCUGCACCUGCUCAAGAGACUAAAGAUCCUGAACCAGUUGCUGAGGCAGCUAAGGAAGAGUCCUUUCCUCCAGAAGAAGCUUCAGUAGAAGCUACCCCGGAAGAGCCUAAGGAGGCCGAGCCAGCUGCUGAAGAGGCCAAAGAUGAACCUACCGCUGACAAGGAGAGCACUGAAGAGCCAGCCGUUGACGAAGCUGUAGUCCCACCCGAUGAGGAGAGUAAAGAAGCUGAAGUUGCUUCUGAGGAAGUCAAGGAGGAAGCUCCUGCUCCUGGUCCAGUAGAAGCUACCAGCGAGCCAGCGGUGGAAGAGGUCGCGGAAGAAGCUGCUGCUGCAGAAGUGACACCGGCUCCCGAGGAAGUGAAGGAAGAAACACCAGCGGCUGAUGAGCCCAAGGAGGAAGUUCCUGCCGCUGAAGAGCCCAAGAGUGAAGCCGCUACAGAAGAGCCUCCAGCAGAAGUACCUUCUGAGGAAGCAAAGGAGGAGCCUAAACCCGAUGAAGAACCUGCGACGGACCCCGUCGUCGAGGAUACUCCAGCAGACCCCGCACCAGUCGAAGAAACUCCAGAAACAGUCGCCGCCCCAGCUGAAGAACCUCCAGCAUCAACAGUCGAGGAACCUCCAGCAGAGAAAGAAGAAGCACCACAUCCAACCGAACCAGCCGCCGAAUCUUCAGAUCCCACCCCCGAGAUCGUAGAAGCAGCCCUCGCCGUCGCCGCAACCGCCGCCGUCGUAGAAGCCGUCACAGACAAAGACGCCCCAGCCGAAGAAACAGCCACCGAACCCAUCACCGAAAAACCCAUCGUCGAAGAACCCGAGCAACUUCCCGACGUUCUCGAAGAGCCCACAGCAGAGACCCCCGGCUCCCCAAAGACAGAGAAGAAAAAGCAUCGAAGCUCCCGCCACAAAUCCUCUUCAUCCCACCACACCUCCAAAGACAAAGAAGCCAUCCCAGAAGAUGCAGAGCGUCGACGCUCGCACCGAAAACGGCGGGACAGCGAGACGUCUGUGAAAUUUGACAUGCGGGAGAUGGUGAAGGAGAUACCGAUCACGCGGGUGCCAGUGAAAGAGGGGUUGAUUAAAGGGAUAUUCGGGAGUUCGAGUCCGAAAUCGCGGCCGGUGAGACGGGAUAGCGGGAUUUCUGGGACGGGAGGGAGUUAUUCGGAGAGGAUGCGGGAGCGAGAGGAGCGGGGACAUAAGAAGGAGAGGACGCCGGAGGAGCAGAAGGCUCAUGAGGCGAGGAAAGCGGAGAGGAGGGCUGCGAAGGAGAAGGCGGAGGCGGAGGAGGUGGUGAAGAAUGAGAGUGCGGUGGUGGAUGAUGAUAAAAGUGUUGAGAAGGAGGUGACGCCUAUGCCGGCGAUGCCUAGGAGGUUGAGUUCGAGGAGGGAUAGUAUGAUGAGUAAUGGGAGUGGGAAUAAAGAUGCGGAGGGGAAGGUGAGGCCGCGGUUGUUGGCUUUGAAAGGGGAGAGUGUGGUUAAGAGUCCGUUUAUGGUGGAUAAGAGUCCGCAUUACAAGGAGGUUACUACGCCGACGAGUGAGAAGAAGUCGACUAGUAAUUCGACAAAGGGGAAGUCUCCUAUGGUCGAUGAUCUACCGAUUACUCCCAGCAAAGAGAGACCUGAUAAGGGAAAGCGUCGAGAUUCGAAUUCGGGGGAACGACCUAAGUCUUCUCGACGAGAAAAGGAUGGUUCGGAUGAUAGAGAGAGACGUCCUCAUCGCCACUCCCGUCAUUCCUCGUACCGUCAAGAUUCAGACCGUAAAGACCGACCUCACCGCACCGAGGAAGAGAAAGAAGCGCGACGUGUCCGCAAAGAAACCGAACGGAAGAUGGAGAUUGCGCGUCAAGAGGUCGCCGAUGAGACCAGAGCUGGAAGGGAGAAAUCAGAUGAAGAAAGACGUGUUCGACGGGAGGAGCGACGAAAGAGACGAGCCGAGGAAGAAGCAAAACUGCGAGCUGCGGAGGAAGAGAAGUCGAAUAGUCGGGAGAGCAUUAGACGUGGAGAGGAAGAUGUGAGUCUUGAGAGGCGAGAACGACAUCGGCAUCGAAGUGAGCGUGGAGAGAGGGGCGAAAGAGUUCACCGACAUCGACCGAGGGAGGAGAAGAAAGAGGGCGGAUUGAAGGGGUUGUUCAAGAAGGUUUUCGCUUGA